AUGGCCAUUGCCAAAGAUGCCUUGUUCGUGGGCUCCGCCACGCGACAGAGGAAGCGAUUUCGUUUGAUCGUAAUAUUGGCCGUCACCGCUGCCUUUUUCUUCUUCUCCUACAACUUUAGACACCGUGUACAAUUCAUCCCCUCGAUCUCCAGCUAUGACACCGGCUCCACGACCAAAAUCCCUUCAACCCAGUUAACGCCGGCCGCGGGGACAUGCAAUGUCGAUGUCGGCGUCAUUGAGAGAUACGGAUUGGGCGGGGAUGUCAAAUACAGCCGACGCGAGAUUUUUGUCGAAAUUACCGACCAGGAGAGAACCCCGAUUACCACGGACAUGGAAUUGGAUCUUUUCGAUGCCGAGCCCAUGACCUUGGUCUCCAACGGAGCCACUACGAGCAACUGCUCGGAGCCGAUCACGGUCAAGGUGCCGCCCUCACUGCCUUUCCGGGAUGCGUCGCAUCUCGACUUCGCGAUCUCCACGAAUAUGGAGCGAUUGAUGGACUCGAUGGAUGCAUUUUCAGUCUGGGCGGGAUACACCAAUACCCGGUUUCUGGUCUUUAUUGAGCCUGGCGCAGAUCAGCGAAAAGCGCAGCGCAAGGCUAAGAGCUUGGGCUUGAAUAUUGAGCUUUUUGAGUCUACGGUCGACUACGAGAACCGUUACUCGUUACUUGUGAAGCUGCUGGCUGAUAACGCUCGUCCGCAGACAAGGUGGUUCUGUAUCAUGGACGACGACACAUUCUUCUUGUCGAUGCCCCGGCUGUUGCAGAUGCUGGAUAAAUACGACGACACUCAGCCGCAUUAUAUUGGUACCGUGACUGAAAGUGACAGCCAACUCUCGAUGUUCGGCAUCUUUGCUUACGGCGGAGCGGGAAUGUUCUUUUCGCGACCUCUCAUGGAUGAGCUUGGCCGGAUCUGGGACGAAUGCGACGCGGGGACAGACCACGGAGACGGCAAAAUUGCUCACUGCGUUUACCAGUACUCGCACACAAAGCUUGAAAUGGAAAAUGGACUUAACCAAUUGGAUCUGAUGAACGAUGCCUCGGGCUGGUUCGAAGCGGCGCGCAGCAUUCCCGUUUCUCUCCACCACUGGAAGUCAUGGUUCAUGGCUGACGUUGUCAAGAUGACAGCCGUUCGCGAAGUUUGCGGUACAAACUGUGUGCUCCGCCAGUGGAGAUUUGCCGAUGGCUGGGUUUUGACGAAUGGUUAUUCGGUGAUUCAUCACGGAGCGAGUAUAUCAGAUGAAUAUGGCGCAUUUGCCAUGGAAAAAACAUGGGACGACCUGAAUGGCUCGACGGAUGAAUCGUUUGUGCGCACACUCGGUCCGCUACGUUCGAAAGAAGACGACAAGAUUUCGUUCCGUCUUGAGGACGUGAUUUUGGAAGGCGGCCAGGUCCGACAGAUUUAUAUCCGCCGUGUUGAAGGGGGGGAUCAAGUUCUUGAGCUUGUUUGGCGAUUGAACUGA